AUGGCGUCCAAGCCGAACGAUGGCGCCGGCGGCCCUGUCGAGAAGACUUGCGACCAGGAGGACAACGGGGGUGGCGGCGGAGUAGUGAACAGGGCAGCGUCCUUUGUCGCCAGCCUCAGCGUGCUGUACACCGAGGUAGACUGUGACCUGGUCGGCAUCGUGUCCGCCGAAUUGUGCCAGAUCGAACGGCGUCACUUGAAACUCCAAGGUAUGGAGAGGAUCGUCAAAAUCUGCAAGUUGCCACUGUACCUCAAGUUUCCCAGGUACCAGGCCACCUCCAAGACACCUACUAGACAGGCUCUACUCGAAUUCUGUCGUAAGAUGCACCAAGUCGCCGGCAAUGAUGGACUGUCCAAGGCAGUGUUCGUGCUGACCAACGACCGCCGUACUUUCCUGCAGCCUUGCGACUUCAAUGACCUCAUUCAGAAUCUCAUCGACACCCACAGUGGGCUCUCGUUUCUCAAGGAAGUGGCCAGAUCACACAGCGUGUACAUCGACACCGUGGUGGCUCGACUGUUCUUCGAGGUCGAAAAGACGUGGACUUGGCGCCUCGGCAUGGCAGAGCUGCGACGCAGUGACUUCCUCUCGCAGCUUGACGCUCUGGAACUCAACAACGACUUCGUGAACGUGGAAGGCCCCUUUUCGUACAAGGACACCUACGUCAUAAACACGAUGUUCAACUCGCUGAACAUGGACAACGAUCGUCUGCUGAUCAAGGUAGACCUGACGAGGUACGAAAAGGGCGCCCUAGUACAAAAGGCAAUCGAUAGGGUGUUUGACUUACUCAGUACGUCAGCUAUGACGUACGUCGACUUCGUCAUCUUCCUGCUCACUGAGAAGGACAAGGCGUAUCCAAGGAGCAUCGAGUACUGGUUCAACCGGCUAGAUCUCGAAGGCGACGGUAAUAUCACGAUGUACGAACUCGAGACAUUCUUUCACGAAAAGUACGACCGCGUGUCUCUCCUAAUGAACGACCCGGUGUCUUUCGGAAACAUCUGUCGACAUAUGAUCGAUCUGAUGAGGCUCAUGUUGUGUAGCAUUUUCGCUCUGUCCGACCUUAAACGGUGUGCGCUUGCAGCUGUGUUCUUCAACACUUUCAUCAGCACCUACGAGUUCAUUCAUCACGAGGUCUUCGACCCUUUGGACACAGAGCGUUCGCGCAAUGGUUUUACACAUUGGGAAUAG